UCUCUCCGGGACGCGUGAGAUGACUGGAGCGGGUCCCGGGUGCGUGGGACCGAUCUCCCGUGCCCACAGACUAAAGCGAUGAUGCCCUGGGUGGGUGCGUGUGCCGGGUGAGAACCUGACCUGCCUCUCGUUCGGGGAGCGACAGCCUCCCGGGCGCUGAAGCCAGGUCCUCCCCGCCUGACAGAGACCCGCCGGGUAGAGCAGUGGGGGCCAGACCCCGAGGCCGCCAGCCCCUCGGCUGGGUUUAGGAGCCAUGCGGCCCCCUCCUUCCCUCCCUCUCUCCUUCCCGCCGCCCUUGCCGUCCCUCCUCCUCGCCAGCAGGUGCCCCUCGGCCGCCGCCGCUUCCUCUUCCCGGGUGGCGGAGGUAGGCCGGGCCGGCCCGGGCCGGCCCCAGCAGCGGCGUCCCUUCAGGAUGCUGUUCGCUCUGCCUCUGCGGGUAGCCUACAGUCUGCUUGCCUGGCUCUCUCUGUAUGCUUGGUUCUGCCAUCGCUACAAGCACCGGAAUUAUGAAUGGAGCUGCAGGCUGGUCACACUGACCCAUGGCAUCCUUGCUACCUGUCUCUCUGCUUACAUUGGCUUUAUUGAUGGUCCCUGGCCUUUGAGUCACCCAGGAUCACCAAACACAACUCUUCAGGUACAUGUGCUGUGCCUUAGCUUGGGCUACUUCCUCUUCGACCUUUGCUGGUGUGUGUACUUCCAGGCAGAGGGUGCCCUGAUGCUGGCCCACCAUCUGGUGAGCAUCUUGGGCAUCACAGCAUCGUUGGCACUCGGGGAGUCGGCUGCAGAGGUCAAUGCCGUCAUCUUUGGUAGUGAGAUCACUAACCCGCUGCUGCAGGCCCGCUGGUUCCUGAAGGAGAUGGGAUGUUACCACAGUUUCACAGGCGAUGUGGUGGAUUUCUUCUUCGUGGUCCUCUUCACUGGAGUGCGGAUUGGAGUGGGGGCCUGGCUGAUGUACUGUGAGCUUGCUUCUCCCAAGCCCAGGUGGUACAUUAAGCUGGGUGGUGUCAUCAUGUAUGCUGUCUCCUGGGUUUUCAUGGUCAGCAUCUGUCGCUUCGCUAGGAGGAAGAGCAUGAAGAAGUACCGUGCUUGGAGGAGUCGGAGGAGUGAUGAGUUACACUUGAAAACUAAUGGACAUCUGAAAAACCACUGACUGGAUGCUGAGUAAAGACUUCCUCGAGUUCACAAUCUGGCAAGAAGGGGAUCGUGCCUGAAAUGCCACUGUCGGGAGAGGAGCCAACACACGUUAGCAAUUCUGGAGCCAGAUUUAUCCCUGGCAUAACUCCACUGAAAUCCAUGGAGCUAUGCCAUGGAUUCAUUGGACCUGCAGUGUUUGGCCUGGCAGAGGCUGGCUCAGUGUGUACGUAAGCAUACGCUAAAUGAUAUGAGUGAAAGAAGGGCUAAUUUUACAGACUAAACUUAACUAGUCCAGCAGUGCAGGUGUAAAUAGCAAUGUUAGUAGCUAACUCCUUCAGCGCUGGUAGAAUCUUGGAAGAGAGGAGAAAAUAACAAUAGAUCUUCAUGUUCAGUGUCCUGUACCAUCUAGACAGCUAGAGUGACUCUUCAUACUGCUAGGAAGAAGCAUGUUCUAGUGUUUCAUUGGAGUUGGGAUUCCUGGCUCUUCCACCAACUCGUUAUGUGACCUUGGGCAAGUCAUGUAACUCUAACUCUGUGCCUAAUUUCCCCAUCUGUGAAUUGGGGGUGAUGGAGCUGAUCCAUCUGUGUUAUGCACUUUCAAAUCUUUACUUGAGAGGUGCUAUAUAAAUGCAAAAUGAUGGUUGUUACCUGCACUUUGUUCAUUAUCCCUGUGUUUCCUUUGGGAGAAACGAUUUUGGUGGUUGAGCUAGAGUGUGACUCUAGAAAGAACAGGUUUUUUAGGUAGGUUAUUGUUUCCUAUCCUUGCUAAUUCCUUUUAAUAACUUAUUUAAUAACAUAUUGAUAACUUGGUUUUCAGUAGUGUCCAGAAGCUCUAAUUAGCACUGGCGCCUUGCAGGACUAGGUGCUCUGUAUUCACACCCAAAGACACAGCCCCUGAUAGGAAACACUUUUCUGACUUUUUAUCUCCUCUUCAUCCCUGACUGUUAAACCUCCACCCACACCCUCCAAAUACUGCUUUUAGCUCUUGAGUGACCAACACUCUCUGUUAUGAGAAGCCCCACCAGGACUUGCCAGUAAGUGGUUUUCUGGCUGAUGGACCAAGCCCUGAUUUGUCUGCAGAAUGCCAAAAUUCCCUCUGCUGUGCUUAUUGGCCCAAAUGCAGGCAUAGUGUGGAGCCAGCCUGAGACCAAAUGGCAUGCCUUGAGAUUGUCAGGCAAAUACCUUCCCCAAGCUGUAAGUAACUUUUAAAAAUAAGAACAGUAAAUGCAGGGUGUUUUACUGCAGCAAUCUGCAAACAAUCUGUACUUGCCGGUUUGGGCAAUCUAAAGGGAACAGGGUCCAGAACCUGAUUUGUAGUGAAGGCUGUAUAUUUCUCUUGCCCUUGAAAGUGUCACCCUGGAUUCAGGCAGCAUAUCUGAACCUAGAGUCUGCCACAGUGCUUGGGGAUAGUGGGGUACUGUAGGUGAAUGUCUGGGAGCUCUAUGGAAAAAUGAUUGAAAAACACUUGAAACUAGCAUUGAUGUUUUUCCCCAGGACCAUAGAUACCAGUUUUCACAAGAGUGUUUCCUCUGAUCCAAAUUGGGAUUUCUGGUUGAAGAGUGGCCAACAUGCAUCUUCAAAAUACGGUGGCUAAGGUGGAAGAGCUACCCAGCUUCAAGUCUGUCCUCUGCUCUGUUCAAGCCAGAGACUUAACCUUGGCUCUCCAUCAUCUGAAUUGAUGCCUUGACCCCUGGGCUUUGAAUUCACUUCUGUCUCCCUGGUUGGAUCUGGGUCAUUUUGUAAAAGUGAGCAUUUUACAGCCUAAUAAUUAAAGGAGAGAGAGGCACAGAAUCUGGCCUUUUUUAAGCAAAAAAGUGAACCUCACUGGGAAAAAAAAAAUAAGUGUUACUUAUCUGGUCCCAUUUGCAGGGAAAAACUGUCCCCCAGUUGGCAGCUUCUGGUGUUUAUUUCACUGUAUGUUCUUAAGCGCUGUUCCUUUGUUAUUGCUGUCAUUAUUAUGAUCAUUUAUUUUGAGCCUCAGCACCAGGCCUCCAGUGCAGCUCAGGUGCCAGUUCUGCUGUGAGCCUUGCCUGUUGCAGCCAAAGACCUGAAGAGCCCAAAGCACUUCAGAUUAGCAGAGCCAACUGGUGGGUGAGCUGGUCCUGAAAAGGAAACUUGACUCAUUUAGCACAGCGCAGUGAUAUGACUAUUGAACCUUGAAGGGAGACAAGCAGGGCUGGUUGGGGCUUGCUGGUUCUUUCCCAGCUCUGCUGCUGCUGUUGGGCAUGUCAAAGAGCCUUUUUGCCUCAGCUUACCCACUUUAUUAAGUGGGUACAGUAUUAGCUACCUCGCGGGGUGUUUUAAUUUGUUAACAGUAAGCCACCUUUGAUGAAUACUUGGUGGUCUGUGUCAAGCUGUGCUGCAUAAAGGCAAAAUGCUGUUGCUUUGAGUGAAGCACUUCUCACUAUGACCCGUCAUCAAUGCUUUGUUACAUGAACAUGGCACUUCCCAGCAUCUGGCUUGCCUCACAAAAGCAGGAGUCCAAGGUGUUUUACAGUGGUGCUUAUGGGUAGGAGUCAAAAGGAGUAAGCUAGACACAUGUAAAAAUCAGCCAUGCUGCUUCUUGUUCAGGUGGACUCUCAGGUUGAAGAAAGGAUGUCUGGUGGGUUUUUUCUAGUAAGGAUUACAGUAAAUUUGGAGCCAAAAGAGUUUCAGCAGCCAGCCUGACCAGGGAAUAAGGGCUUUCAGCAACAAGUCCAAGUCCUGAAGAAAUGUAGGUGAAAACAGCCUGUCCAUUUCUCAGUGUGGCUGUUGACUUGCCCACCAAGAAGAGUUUCCUGAGCAGUUGUGAUGAUUUGGACUCUGACCUCUGCUGAGGUUUGGUAUGCAGCUUAAUGCAUAGUAACAGCCCUUCUGUGGGGGCUGUGCAGCCCAUACCUGCCCAAAUGAAUAAGAUGUCAGUUAGUGACUGCACUUAUCUAUGAAACACCUUGCGUGACGAUGUUUUGAAAGAUAAUGCACUUAAUGGCUGAGUGGUCCCCUUCUUUGAACUGGGGGGAAACUUGCUUGGAAGAAGUAGAGCACUGUGAUCAAUGUUGAGGCUUUAGAAGUUAAGCAAGGGCACCAGAAAAUAAAAGAGCAAUUAGGAAUAGCUUCAUGAGGUAGAGCUAGCAAUGAUGUCUCAGAGCAAGGUCUUGUAGUCUGUCUAGUGGGCUCCAGCAUAGAAUCACAGACCCAGAAGUAUAACUUUCAAGCUAUGGAGCACAUGGUGGGACCUGUCCUCAGGCUAGUCCAUAAUGGCUAGAGCAAAUUGUAAAAGGAAACUGCAGAACUAGUGUGAAAUAACAACUUGUGUUUGAAUUACUGUGUAAUAGCAACUAAUGUUCCACCAGUGAAUGGUGUAGAUGCUUUGUAUUAUGUUUUAUAAAAUAAAGAUUAUUUAAUUAUAUGAGGAAUUUGUUUUCUCUCUUUGGAUGCAAUUCUUAAGUUGUAUUGUGUAUUGUUGGAUGAGUUGGCAUUGCCGGUGUAGAUGAACAAAGUUAUGGUCGGUGGGUGCUUUUUAGGGAGUGAACCAACAACUUGUUAGCUUUCACCAUUAUUGCUUCUUAGACAUGUUAACAGGCAGAGAAACCACUCUUCUUUGCAAGGUUGUCCUGAGGAGUACUUGGUAGUUUGGUGUUUGCUAAUAGGUGCUUUCAGGUUGUUGACUGGCUGAGCAGGGUGCAUUUCUUCCACAGUGUUUGUUCCCAGGCCUUUCACGCGCCUAUCCUCAAGCAACUUGCAGAGCAAAAAUGUUUCCUUUGCUUUCCAUGCCUUGUAUGCUAAAGGAGAAGGUUUUCCUGUGUUUCCACACCAUGAACCAUGAGCUCUUCUCAUUCGUAAACUAAACAUUGUUGCCCAGGAAUUGCUUCAUUGGAACAUUUGAUGGGAAGAGAGUUUUUUUAGCAUUAUUUAAUAUUGCAUGGGGGUACUUGCAGCUGUAGAGAUGACCCAAAGUCAGCACUGUGCAAAGGUGCAGAUUUAGUCUGGGGUCUGAGUCAUGCUAGUCUGUCUCUCCACGUGCCUGCUGUGGUGUUAUUGCUUACGUACUGGGGAGCUGUCUUCAUUCAGAGCCAGAGAGAAACUGCAGGGCUGUGCAGCUGCUGGGAGCUGUGUAUAUCAUGUUCUGUUCACGCCCCAAAACUCCCUGGGCAGGACUGACUGUGCCACAUAAUCUGCUGUGGGAGAUGUGAGCUGCCAGGAGGAUGUUGUGCAGGCCUCAGGUCUUGUUUGCAUAGGGGCGUCUUUUGCCCUUUAUGCAGUAGCUUAGCACUGGGAAAGCCACCAACACACAGAACAGCUUUGUCAAGUGAUUUAGAAAGUUGUGCACUCCUUUUAAAAGCUCUGCUUCAAAGGAUGCUCCUAAAAUAAGAGGAGAGGAAAACAUUUCUUUCAGUGAUGCUUUCACUGACUGCAGUAAGAGAGCUAGGCACCAACAAGAAUUUCUGUGAACCAGGCACUGUAUAGACCCAGUACAGAACAAAGGCCCUGCCCUGCAUGGUCUGCGCCUGCAGCUCUGAGUGUGUAGCCAAGCCGCGCUCAGGAAAGACCUUAAGUGUUGUGUUGGUAAAGAAUAGCUACUCUGCUUUGCUUAUGGUCACAGCAUUUUGCCAGAGCACACCAGUAUGCCAAAAGUCUGUUUUCUAUAAAUAGUUAAGCCAAUUUAGUUGUUUGGAUGUAACCCUUAAAUCUACCUCAAAAUCCUCCAGUGCUGGGGAGCAGCUGUGUAGUGUUGAGCCCUCUAGAGAUGCUGGCCUCUUUACGCUCUACAAGCAGCAUGGCUGCAUGAUGAAGGGGUCUCAGGGACUGCAAUAAUUUAUGCUGGGGGUUUGUUUAACCUCUGAGGUAGUCCAGAAGCAGAGAAGAAAGUACAGCAGCAUUUUGAAGCUUUGCUUUACAGCUGCAAGCAUCUUCCAAGUUUCACAUCUUCAGGAACAACAUGCCAGAGUCUAGCCUUAACUCAAUGGGCAAAUAUGCUUUGACUGUAAAGAGUGAAAUCUGCCCCCUUACCCCCAAUUAAUUUCAUUUUUUGUCUUCCCAUUAUUUCUUUUAAAGCCGUUCCUUCCCUGCUGCCUGCCUUUUGUUUCUACUGCUGGCCCUGCAGUAAAGCUUUAUGAAAUUAACCUCCUCCUUCAGUCCUCUACCUUCUUUUUCUAGUUGAUCUCCUUAUUUGUGUUUGAAGAAAUUGCAAUCUUAUGAUAUUCAAGGCUUUAUUCCCUUGCAACAGUGGUCCAAGCACUGGUGUAAAAACAUAGCAUCUUAAGUCUUUGGAGUCUGUUAUUAGACUAAUACCAGUGCUGUCAGCAGGCCUGUUUCUUGGACAAAAAAGGAUGAGAGAAAGUUUUAAGCUUUAUGGAAGUCGUGGGUAUGUUCCUAACACUUGCAGGCUUUGUAUAGCUUGGCUGGAAGUAAAAUAAUGUCUGCUGCCAUUUCCAAAGAAAUCAAAUUUCAGAGAUGGAGAGGGAACCAGUCAGCAUUAGCUUUGUGCUGCAUGAGCAAUUUCUGGGCAAGGAGCAACUCUUUUUUGGUUAUACCAAUAUACCAACAGAUUUCUCUUUCCAAGUCAUCUUCAAUAUGUGGUCUAGUAAAUUCAUGUAAGAGAAGAUGUUAGCUUUUGCUGGCUUUGUCCUGUUUCCCUCAAGUUCCAGGGGAAGUUUGGCAGCUGAUAAAUUGGCAAUAUAAGGGAUCUUUAGAACAUGACUUUAAGAAGGAACUGAAGAGAUCAAGGUGUAUGGAAAAGCUUUUGCAAAGUAAGAACAGUUUGCUGGUAGUUAAUUUUGUAUGGGAAGGAGAAAGUGUUGGUUUCUGUGGCUUCUCAAAUGUUACAACAUACAGGUUUUCAGCAAUGCUUGUAUUAUGAUGUUGUUUGAAUUAUGUAUCAUGUCAGAAGGUUAAGAUCUGUUCAGUGUAACUGAUAAUCCUCAAAUGCGAUGAGAAAUAAUGUUAUUCUCCAUCUCUUUAGAUUUUACCCUAAUAAUAAAUAACUUUUUUCUUUUAACCCCCCCCCCCCCCCAAUCAGAGGACAUUGAUUCUAGCAGAGAGCAAGAAGGAAACUCAUGACAGAAUGUACAGCAGCUUCAUCUGUCCUUACAAAGGUUGCUGUUUUAAUUAUGCUGAUAUGGAAAGAAAGCUUAGUGCUAUAAAAAUGCUUACUGCAAUGUGGAUUAUCCAGGUUUAGGAACUGUAAUAAGCUGUCACAGUAGAAGCUCUGAUAGAUUAAGCUAUCUGUGUCUCAACUAAGUCAGCAAAGUAUUGCAUUUGUGUCCAAGUGACUUAAAAGCAUAGACCAGCCCUGUAUGCAUUUCCAGGAUUUCCAGUGAACUGCAUGCAGAACAAGCUGCCUGUCUGUAGGGAGCAAAUCAUGUGCCUAUUUUAAGGUAUGAGAUGGUAAAAGGCUUUGAAAUGCAUAGCAAUGUGAAGCACAGCACAAAUUCAUGGGGUUUUUUUUCAGAUUAGGGUUGCAUCCAGAUGUCCAUUAGUGGCCAUUGGAUUGGUCAUAUUGGUUUCUGAAGCAGGUUGCAUCCAUGUCGCAGUGAAGCUGGGUAGCAUCAGCAUAGCAUCUGGCUGGAAAAUGCAGUGGAUGGGCAAGGAGAUAGACAUGUGUCUGGAUUUGAUUCAGGGUAUCAUUACUAUCUUCAGCUCCCUCAAAAGUAGAAUCUCGGCAAAUAAUGAAAUCCCCCACACAUUCUCAGCUGGCUCAGAAGAAUCUCAUGCUAGAGCAGUUCCCCAGGAUCAAAGGGUGCUGAACUAAGCAGCAGCUGUCAGUGCUUAGGUGAGUUUGACUGGAUGGAAUUGCAGGGUACUACAAAAAAAUCAGGAAGGCAGGAAGGUUUAAGUUGUGCUAAGCUUGAGUGCAGAGCCAGGCUUACCCCAGUCCUGACACAAGGUCAAGGUCCUAUCCGUUCUUCGGGAGUUACAAAUUUAUAUGCAUAUUUGGGAAAUGAGCUGUCUUCUCUGUUAGCCUUGGGAAUCA